AUGGGCUCCUCGGCAUCCAAGGCGUCCCGCGCCGCCAACAGCGCCGCCCGCGUCUACCCCACAGCCGCAUCCAAAGCCGCAACGAACGCACCGAAGCCCACACAAGCCGGCCGCGCCUCGCAACCUGGUCCUACCGUGCGCCCGCAGCCGCAAGCCAGCGAGACGAGGGAUGAAGCCAUCAACCUCGACGCCGCCGACCCGGCCUUCGCCGCCCAACUCCGCUCCAUCGGCCCCGUCGAAUCGAACCCCUACACCUCCAACUCAUCCACCUCACCCUACGAACCGCACCGGCAACCGCUCGAACCCAGCACGAACACUAAAUCUACUAUGCCUCCCACCUCCUCGCGCCGCCACCCCGACGCCAACACCAGCAACCUCCCCGACUUCUCAACGGGGCCCAACCCCUUCGGCCCGCCGACGGGCGCGCCCAUGCCGCCGCGCAUGCACAACCCGGCGCUGACGAUCCUGUCGGCGCGCGAGCGGCUGGCCGAGGAGGCGGAGCAGGAGUUUGCGAACCUCGGCCGCCGCGGGGCGCCCGGGCGGCAGUUUUUGGAUGUGGUGGAGCUGAGGAAGGUGCUGGUGCUGCGGGAUCAGCGCGGCGGCGGCAGGCCGGCCGGCGAGAUUGAGCGGCAGUUGGGGUUGCGGGAGGGCGUGGUGGGGAGGCUGGGGCCGAAGGGGGUGGUGGAGGCGCUGUGA